CACAGAGAGGAGACAUGGCGCAGAAAGGAGUUGAGCUGGACAGAGAGAGCUUCUCUUGUUCCAUCUGUCUGGAUCUCCUGAAGGAUCCGGUGACUAUUCCCUGUGGACACAGCUACUGCAUGGAGUGUAUUCAAAGCUUCUGGGGUGAAGAGGAUGAGGAGAAAAUCCACAGCUGCCCUCAGUGCAGGCAGACGUUCACAGCCAGGCCUGUCCUGGUGAAAAACACCGUGUUAGCAGCUCUGAUGGAGGAGCUGAACAGGAGCGGACUUCAAGCUGCUCCUGCUGAUCACAGCUAUGCUGGAGCUGAAGAUGUGGCCUGUGAUGUCUGCACUGGAAGAAAACUCAAAGCUUUCAAGUCCUGUUUGGUGUGUGUGGCCUCUUUCUGUGAGCAGCACCUUCAGCCUCAUUAUGAUGCAGCUCCACUAAAGAAGCACAAGCUGGUGGAUCCCUCCAAGACGCUGCAGGACAACAUGUGCUCUCGUCACGACGAGGUGAUGAAGAUGUUCUGCCGCACCGAUCAGCAGUGCAUCUGUUUCCUCUGCUCUGUGGACCAACACAAAGGCCACGACACAGUGUCAGCUGCAGCAGAGAGGACGGAGAGGCAGAGGGAGCUGGAGGAGAGUCGACAGAUCAUCCAGCAGAGGAUCCAGGACGCAGAGAAAGACGUGAAGCUGCUGGAACAGGAGGCGAAGAACAUCCAUGUCUCUGCUGAUCAGACAGUGGAGGACUGUGAGAAGACCUUCAGCCAGCUGAUCCGUCUCCUCCAGGAAAGAAGCAGAGAUGUUGAGCAGCAGGUCAGAUCCCAGCAGCAAACAGAGGUGAGUCGAGUGCGAGAGCUUCAGGAGAAGCUGGAGCAGGAGAUCGCUGAGCUGAAGAGGACAGACGGCCAGCUGGAGCAGCUCUCACACACAGAGGAUCACACAGAGUUUCUGCUCAGCUUCCCCUCACUGUCAGCUCUCAGUGAGUCCACACACUCAUCCAGCUUCCACACUGCUCCUCUCAGAUACUUUGAGGAUGUGACAGCAGCUGUGUCAGAGGCCCGAGACAAACUCCAGGACAUCCUGAGUGAAACAUGGACAAACAUCUCACUGAGAGUGACUGAAGUGGAUGUUUUACUGCCACAACCAGAGCCAACGACCAGAGCUGCUUUCUUCAGAUACUCAUGUGAACUCACACUGGAUCCAAACACAGCAAACACAUGGCUGUUAUUAUCAGAGGGAAACAGAAAAGUCACAUCCAUGUGGAAAGAACAGCUUUAUUCUGAACAUCCAGACAGAUUCACUUCAUGUUGGCAGGUUCUGAGUAGAGAGAGUCUGACUGGACGUUGUUACUGGGAGGUGGAGAUGAGAGGUAAAAUCUGCGUAGCAGUCACACACAAGAAUAUCAGUAGAGGUCCACAUUUAAGUGGUUUUGGUCUUAAUGACAAAUCAUGGGCCUUAUAUUGUUCCAACAACAGUUAUAGUUUUCAUCACAACAAAGUUGAAACUCCAGUGUCAGGUCCUCCUUCCUCCAGAGUGGGAGUGUACCUGGAUCACACAGCAGGUAUUCUGUCCUUCUACAGCGUCUCUGAGACCAUGACUCUCCUCCACAGAGUCCAGACCACAUUCACUCAGCCGCUCCUUGCUGGAGUCAGGAUUUAUGGUUAUUCUACCUCUGGAGGAAGUGCAGAGUUGAUUAAGCUGAAAUAGACUGAGGUCACAUCAGGAGCAGUGAUUUGGUUCCAUCCUGUAAUUUGACUCAUUGAGUCUCCGUCAUGGUUGCUGAGAGCUCCUUGUUGUUUUCUUUCUCCGCUGCACACAGAUCAGCUGUCAAUCAAACAGCCUUCGUCAGCACUUGUUCAUCUUUUCUUCUUCUGCUGAUGUUUGUUUCUGCAGCUUCUCCACUCUUACUUUGUCUCUCACAGCUUUGUUACAGGAACAUGACCAGAGUUUGAUUCCUUUGUGUUUAGAAAUUUUCAUCAAGUUUGGGCCAAAGAGGUUUUUCUAGAAUCCCGACAUUUGAGACAACAGAUAUGGUAUCUUUAUGGAUAUGACCUGAUUUCAUGUGCUGUGAUGUUGAUUUGAGGAGGCACCACAUUGGUUCAGUGUGAAGAUCUGGAUGUUUCAAAUCUCGUUUGUUUCAGGCUUUUCCGAGUCCUUUUGUUUGAGGCGUGAUCUAUUAAUCUGGAAGAAUUUCAAACAAAUCAUUUGUAUUUUGAAGCAGACAGGAGCAGUUGUUUUUCCAUGUGAUCUCUGGAUGAUUUGUUUUCCUCUUGUUUUGUCUUCAAGAUAUUGACAAGUGAUUAUUUCCUUGAUUUGCAUCUUGUACAUCGUAUCUGUUUUCCCUCUGUUGGAGAGUGUGAGUGGGUUGUGAAUGCUGAUCCAUUUUUGUGGAACUGUAAUUCUUUAAAAAUGCAAUACUAAAUAUAAAUUUUAAAAAGGGAAUUAUUUGUUAAGAGAUGGAAACUUGAGUUUUUUCUAAAAGUUUAAUGAAUACUAUUUUGACAUAUUUUGAAACAUUUUCCAUUUUCUCAAAGUUCAGUGAGGAAGAUGUGAUAAUUAAUGAAAUGUUUUCUUUCUGUACUGAUUGAUCAAGCACUCUGAAUAAAAGUGAUUAAAAUGCU